CUGGUGGGCUUCCUCCAGGCGCAGAACUGCUCCAACUAUCCCGCGUCCUGGCGUCACCCGGAGUCCGCCACGGACUUCCUCACGGCCGACUACUACCAGCGGAUCGCGCGCAUUCUGGAAGCCGGCAAGUUCCAUCUCGCCUUCUUCGACGACCGGCUGGCGCUGCCCGACAUCUAUGGCGGCGACCAUGCCGAAGCGGUGCGCAACGGGGUGCGGGUGGUCAAGAUGGACCCCAUUCCCAUCCUCACGAUGAUGGGGGCGGUGACCACGCGGCUCGGGCUGGGCGCGACCUGCUCGACCACCUAUUACCAGCCGUUCCACGUGGCGCGCAUGUUCUCGACCCUCGAUCACAUGAGCGGCGGCCGGGCGGCUUGGAACGUCGUGACCUCGCUCAACGAUUCCGAGGCCGCGAACUACGGCGCGGACAGGGUGAUCGACCAUAACGAGCGCUACGACCGUGCCGACGAGUUCAUGGAGGUGGUGCUAGGCCACUGGGAGGCGUGGGAUCCAGACGCGAUCGUCCUCGACAAGGAGCGCAGCGUCUUCGCCGACCCGGCAGGCGUGCAUCGCCUCGACCACGAGGGCCGCUUCCUGCGCUCGCGCGGGCCGUUCACCGUUCCGCGCACGCCCCAGGGCCGGCCCAUCGUGAUCCAGGCCGGCCAGAGCGGGCGGGGGCGGCAGUUCGCGGCGCGCUGGGCCGACGUGAUCUUCGCGAUCUAUCCCAACCUGGAGUUCGGCCAGAAGGCCUACGCCGCGACGCGCGAUGCCGCGACCGCCGCCGGCCGCGAGCCGGGCUCCUACCGUGUGGCGCCGGCGGCCUACGUCACGGUCGCCGAAGCCCAGGCGGAGGCGGAGGAGAAGGCCGCUUUCAUCGCCAGCCUCGCGCGGCCCAUCGACACGCUGGCGCUGCUCUCCGAGGCGCUCAACUACGAUUUCGCGACGAAACCUGCGGGCGAGCCCUUCACCGACGAGGAGAUGGCCUCCAUCAGCGGCCUGCAGGCGAUCCGCGACCGGGUCGUGACGCUCAGCGGCAAUCCGCAUCCGACGGUCGAGGAUUUCGUAACCUACAGCCGCCGCGGCACGGUCAACGAGAUGCCUCAUUUCGUCGGCACACCGCCGCCGUCGCCGAUGAGAUGGCGGAAUGGUUCGAGGGCGAGGCCUGCGACGGAUUCGUGCUCGCCGCGACCCACAUGCCGGGCGCCUACGAGGAUUUCGCGCGCCUCGUGGUACCCGAGCUGCAGCGCCGCGGCCUCUAUCACGAAACUAUGCCGGGCCGACGCUCAGGGAGAAUCUCGGCCUGGGAAACACGCUAUGAUCGCCCGAUGA